AUGGCCAAGAUCAACACCCUCCUCUUCGACUGCGACAACACCCUCGUCCUGUCCGAGGAGCUGGCCUUUGAGGCCUGCGCCGACCUGAUCAACAAGAUCUGCGCCGAGCGCGACAUCAAAAAGACGUUUACUGGCGAAUCCCUCAUUGUGGAGUUCGUCGGCCAGAACUUCCGGGGCAUGCUGACUACCCUGCAACAGGAAAACGGCAUUGAGAUUGCCCCGGACGACAUGGAAAAGUACGUCCGCAUGGAGGAGGAUGCCGUGAUUGCCAAGCUCAAGGCCUCCUUGAGACCCUGCCCCGGCGUCGAUGAAGAGCUGGAGAAGCUGGCCGCUUCGGGCAAGUACCUCCUUGCCGUCGUCUCUUCCUCUGCCUUUCGACGCGUCAAGGCGUCUGUGGAAAAGGUCAAUCAGGCCAGGUUCUUCAAGAGCCCCGGAGGAGAGUACCUCAUUUACUCGGCUGCUACGAGCUUGAACCCGCCCACGAGCAAGCCCAACCCGGCCAUCUACCUGCACGCGCUGCAAGCCCUGGGCAAAGAGGCUGGCGAGAGCGUGGCCAUUGAGGACAGCAAGAGUGGUACCCUGAGCGCCACGAGGGCCGGCAUCAAGACUAUUGGAUAUGUUGGGCCGUAUGCAGACGACAAGAAGGCCGACAUGGAAAAGGUGCUGACGGAUGCCGGAGCCGUGGUGAUUAUGCGGGACUGGAGCGAGUUUCCUGCUGCUCUGCAAAAGAUUGAGUCGGCGCAGUCGGAAGCACGUUGA